AUGGAGAAUGUGACGCCAUCCGGCGACGGGCCGCCGCCGCCGGAUGACGACAAGGCGGCGAGCCGGCGCCACGCGCUGGUGGUGCUGGUGCUGCGCCACCUGCGCGACGAGGGGUACAGCCAGGCGUACGCCGCGCUGUGCGGCGAGGCCAGGAUCACGCUGAGCCAGUUGGACGUCGCGGACAACAUCAACCUGAGCACCGUCGUCAGCGGGUACGAGGAGUUCUACCUGGCCAAGUACGGGCGCCGGCCGAAGCUGAUGCGCCGCCUGUCCGGCGACUUUCAGCCGCCAAUUCGGACCUCCCUCACGCCGCACUCGGCGUCUCCCUACGGCGGGGACCAGAAGUACGUGAUGGUGCCCGGCGGGGUGCAAGGCCUGGUCUCGGGGGCGGUGAUGAUGCAGGGCGGGGGCGACGGCCGGCACGGGCGGCCGUCGACGACCCUGCGGCUGGGCAGCGGCAAGCCCGUGGCGCAGGAGGAGCUGGUGGCGCAGCUGGACGAGAUGGUGCAGCCCGACCCAAGCCUCCACUUCAGCUUCGAGCGGCCCAAGCGCAACACCAGCAAGAAGCGGUCCAGCCUGCUGAGCCUGGAGGAGAUGCACGAGGACGUGCUGUACGCGCUGGUGGGCUGCACCAACGUGGGGUGGAGCAUAAAGAGCAUCAGCAACCAGUCCAAGGAUUUCCUGGCCAACAGGUGCGGCAUUACAAAGGACCUCCUCCAGCUAUUCUUCAAGAACCGUGCGCAGCGUCCCAAGCGGCAGCGCAGCGGCCGCAAGUCGGGCGCCUCCCUGCCCCCCUCCCAUGCCCCAGGCCAGACAUCGCCCCUUGUCCCCCCCGCUCUGCCCUCCCUCCACCCGCACCUGUCCCCACAGGGUCUGCACCCCUCUGGAGCCGGGGCCAGGGUCGGGGCCGGGCAGCCAAACCCGUUGGCGCACAUCAACCAGCUGCAGCCCCUGGGUCAGCUGCAGCCGCCCUUUCACCAUCCUGGGGGGCUCCAGAUGCCCUUCCAGACCUCCUCGCAGCCCUUUCAGUCUCCAGGGCACUCCCUGCCGGGGCUGGGGCUGGGCACGCUGCAGGGCCUGGGCGCCCUCCAGG